AAUGACGUGGGUGGGUGGGAAAGACGAUAUCAAUGAGGGCAGUGGCCCUGAAGACUGGUACCGCCUUGCAUUUUCCGUUAAGCUCAUUGAAAUGUUUGUGUGGUUGACAAGGGCAACCUAUUGUCGCAGGUAAUGUUAUAUCUAUGACCUAGCGGACAAACUAUCCUUAGACCCAGAGUGCCGGCCCCUGGAACCAUUCAAGAGCAUUACGUACCUGACAUCAGCUCAGGAGAGUAGCCAUCUCGCCAAACACCUUUAUACCCUACACUAUGUGGACCACAGUCGCCUUGCUUGUCUUUGUUGCCGUGUGUGAUGUAAAAGCGGCUACAACAGGAGUGACGUUCACCAACAAUGCCUACCUGGAUGAGGCCAUGAACGUUUUCCUGCAGUGGAGGAGGGAUGAGACCACCGUCACCAUGCAGCUGGAGGUACAGACCCGCGGGAUGGUCGCCAUCGGGUUCUCUCCGAACGGGAACAUGCCUGGCUCGGACAUCUUCGCCGGUUACGUCGGCGAUGACGGGCAGCCCUACUUCCAUGAUUUUUACGCAGAGGCACAGGAGCACCCAGUGUAUGAUGGGGACUCUAACCAGAACUACUACGACGUCCUGGCUACUGAGAACGACACGCACACCAUCGUGUGCUUCACCAGGAGGAUUGUACUCUGUGACUCCAAUGACAAGACCGUGAACAACGGGACCAACCGCGUGAUCUGGGCCUGGCACGCGGAUGACCCCACCGACGAGAGGUCGCUCCUGUACCACGGCGCCACCAACAGGGGGAGCCGCAGUCUCCAAAUCCUCUACCCGCGGACCGAACAGGCUCUGCCUGACGAUGUCCAAACCCUCGAGCUCUUGAACGUGAACUACUCCGUUCCGGGCAAUCGGCACACCACCUACCUGUGCAGGGGGAUCAAGAUUCCGGACCUCGGCGGGAAGAAACAUCUCAUCAGGUGGGAGCCGGUGAUUCAGCCUGGGAACGAGGGUGCCGUACAUCACUUCGUGUUGUACACGUGCGGCCAGGAACCAGCUGAUCUUGACGCACACGAUGGCCAAGAGGGCAUCUGCUACUCCACCAUGCCAGAAGAAUGGUACCACUGCACCAUCACUCUACUGGCCUGGGCAAUCGGUGGAACGGUCUUCGACCUACCACAGAACGCCGGGAUCUCGGUCGGAGAUACGAAUGAUCCUAGAUUCCUCAUGUUGGAAACACAUUACGACAACCCAGACAUGAGAGACGAUAUCGUGGACAGUUCCGGACUGCGGCUCUACCUUACCUCCACAUUGCGAACGAACGAAGUUGGUGUGCUGCAGGUCGCAGUUGAUGUGGGACAGUCCCAGAAAAUUCCGCCAGGAAGCGCUUCUCACACCACCGUGGCUCACUGUUAUUCGGAAUGCUUACAGCAGGGAAUGGAGGAUGCUUCACUGACUGCCCUAAACGUCUUUGGCGCGUUUCCGCACGCCCACUUGGCCGGCAGGACCGUCAACAUCCGACAUGUCCGCGGUGCAAAUGAGCUGCAGGCGAUAUUCAAAGAUGAAUUCUACGACUUCAACUACCAGGAAACCGUCCCGCUUGAGGAAGCAAGACAAAUUCUGCCGGGAGACAGCAUCUUGUUUGAGUGCACCUACGACACUACAGACAGAAACGACAUGACUUACGGAGGUCUGGCUACUCAGAAUGAGAUGUGCAUGGCUUGGCUGCUGUAUUACCCCAGAAUGGACCUGGCUCGGUGUGAAAGCUGGCCCAUGUCAGAUUGGUACCUGACAAGUCUGUCCGCCACAUCCACAGAAUACAGUGAGGACAAGCAAGACUUUAUCGCCACUGCCCCGGCCAACUUGGUGAAUCUGACCGCUGAUGAAAUCCUCAGUUCGGGCGUGACUUGGACGGACGAGUUACGGGCAGCAUUCCAGCGCGGAGAAACACAGGCCGCGAGGUAUGAGAGGUGCAUGGACAACUCCAACAACCUAGUACACGGGGACGGAACGCGCCCUGCGCCUCCCGUGAUCGAGUUCCCCUGGGUGUCGGCAGACGAGUGCUCAGGUUCGGACGCUGUCGCCGCCAACAUUGCCGCCAACCUGCUGAUGCUUGUCAUGGCCUACAUCAUUAUGACAGUCAUGUGAAAGUUCAGUUCAUCUGCCUAUUGGUGCCAACAGUCUAUGUCACUUACAACUCUCACUCGCUCGCUCGCUCGCUCACUCACUCACUCACUCACUCACUCACUCACUCACUCACUCACUCACUCACUCACUCACUCACUCACUUAUUCGCUUGCUCACUCAAUCGGCGUUCUAUUCAACCGUUGCCAGAAAACACACACAUGCUUCCUCUUUACUUCUUCCUCCUUGGCUCUUGAACGUUUCCAACAUUUGCUUCCUCACCAUAACUCCAUGUUAUAGGCGAACUAAUUGCAGUGCACCUGGUUCAUAUUCCCUGUUGGCAUAUUGGGUUGCAUCAGAAGUCAAAUGGUCACCUCUGUGGCCUCACUGUUUGAGUUUAUAUUUGCAGUGGAUUGCCUCGAUUUUGGUUUAAUGUUUUUGCAUGACUUCAGAGAUUUACGUAGAUGAUAAAGUAAUAUACGCGUGCAUAGUCCAGUGGUUAGUGACCCUGCCCCUGGACCAGAAUUAGAAGGACAUGAGUUUGUGCCUCGUCUGUUAGUUGCUCAUCCGACACGCAUGCUACUGGAAAAGGUCGCAGUCCUUAGGGCGGGACGUUAAGCCAUGGGCCACGUGCACUGUUAAUGUAUCUGUCUAAGACAGCUAGGGGAAUUUUCCCACUAUAGUUAACAUGUAUAUAUUGUAAAUAACGCCACAAACUAUAGAAAAGUAGCUCAUUGAGCUUGAGGUUGUUGAGCUUAACUUGAACUUUAAGAUCGGAAGUGCCAUGAUUCACUUAGCAAGUUGGAAACAAGGAUGUUGCUGAGGCUUUUGAAUAUGGAUUUACAUGUUAAUCGUGACUGAGUUUGAUUCGUCCUUUGCAUACGUACUUAAAUAUAUAAGUAUUUGAGGAAACAAUUGCCCUUUUUGAAAUCAGAGUAGGAUGUCUUUGACAAUGUAUGUCGAGUUCUUAGUUAAUAGUCUUGUAUCUAUUGUACGUAUGUGUUACAAUGAGUAAAUGCUGUAGUGUUUAUA